CCUCAUUCACUCUUGGUUAAGCUAGCUAGUUUGGUUCCUUUGCUGUGUUGCAAGAGAAAGCUUGCUUUUCAUGCUUGAUUUCUCUCCUUAAGGUUGUUUGGUUGCUUUCUACUUUGUAUAAAUUUAUGGAACCUUUCCCCACUUUAGCUCUGAUUACCACUUUGAUCAUAUCCCUCUUUUCACUCUUCCCACUCUCUCUCUCUCUCUCUCUCUAGACAUAUGAUCAUUUACUGUUGUGAUACAUAAACCGCAUCUUGAGAACAAGAGGGGGGAGAGAAUAAAGAGCCUUUUGUUUUAUCGCAAGAGUGGCUUGGCUGUCUUCUCCUUUGCGUUGCAGCUUCUUCUUCUUCUACUUCAUCUUCUUCUUCUUCUUCUUGGAAGCUUCAAUUUCUGCAUAAGAAUGUCUACCUGCAUCGAUGUUGCCCCUGAGCAACUCUGCUACAUCCCUUGCAACUUUUGCAAUAUUGUUCUUGCGGUGAGUGUCCCAUCCUGCAGCUUAUUCGACAUCGUGACCGUCCGAUGCGGGCAUUGCAGCAAUCUGUGGUCCGUGAACAUGGCGUCUGCAUUUCAGUCACUGUCCUGGCAAGAUGUUCAGGCACCCAACUACACUUCCACCAAUCAGAGGAUUGAUUUUGGUUCCUCUUCCAAAUGUAAUAACAAGACGGCAACGAGAUCACCUAUCACAAAUACUACUACUCCAGAAAGGCCUGUGAACAGGCCCCCAGAGAAGAGGCAGCGAGUGCCUUCUGCAUAUAACCAGUUUAUAAAAGAGGAAAUCCAAAGGAUUAAGGCCAAUAAUCCAGAUAUCAGUCACAGGGAAGCAUUCAGCACUGCUGCAAAGAAUUGGGCAUACUUCCCUCGGAUUCAUUUUGGGCUAAUGCUGGAGAACAACAGCAAAGCUAAGUUACCUUGAUCGUGAUUCUGGGAAACAUAUAUAAUCUCAAGGGUAGCCCUAUUGAACAAAAGAAAAUGUUGACCUUCAGUGGCAUCUCCGUUGUAGAGUUGAAGAAUGGCUUGAUUUUGAAUGUGUUCUUACUGCUUAAAGACAUAAAAAUAUGUACUUUCAUUUCUUCCUUGCGUUUGCUACAAGUUGUUUAGAAGAUGCUAUAUUUGGGAUCUUGUAAAACUAUAUAAACCACUUUCCUUUGGCUUUA